ACCCCGCCCGAGGGGGCGAAGACUUCGCCUCCCGUCCCUCCCGUCCUUCCCGUCCCUCCCGUCCGUGCCGUCCCGUCCGUGCCGCCGGCGCGGCCCCGGGAGCGGCCCGGCGGCGCCGCCAUGGCCGGGCCCGUGCUGCUGCUGCUGCUCUGUGCCGCGCUGCCCGCCGGCCUCCGCGCUCAGGGAGCCGUAUUCAUCAAGAAAGAAAAUGCCGACAAGUUCUUGGAAAGAACAAAACGUGCUAACUCUUUCUUAGAGGAAUUGAAGAAAGGGAAUAUUGAAAGAGAAUGCAAUGAGGAGCGCUGCUCAAAAGAAGAAGCAAGAGAAGCUUUUGAAGACCAGGAGAAAACUGAGGAAUUCUGGAACAUCUAUGUAGGUAAGAAACACCCUGUGUUUAUUUAGAAGAUUAAGCUUCUUUAUUGCAAGGUUUGAAAGGGUGCACCUCUUAAGUAACCCUUUCCUGCUCCCUUGUUUCCUCUCUUUUCACUCUGAGACACCCUCACGUUGUG